AGUUGCUAAAAUCAGUUGCAGUAUACUGACAAAAUCUUCAGCAAGAAAAGGUAUCUUCAUUAUCAUUCUUUGUCGUCUCGAGAGGAAAAUGUAGUAUUAUAUUGGCAACAAGUGGUGAAAAAUGCACAUAUACCAUAAUAAAUCAUCUAAACUUUGAACGCUCCUCCUUCUCUCUUCUUUCUCUCUCUAGCUGCGAUGAAUAGUAGCGACGCAACAGUUGACCGGCAAUAACUCCAUAUUCCGGUAGUGAAAAUUCACCAAAUUGGUCUCAAAAGAAGCGUCUUCUCAUUGCGCACAAUCCCCAAUCGUUUUCAUCCUCAAAUCCAUAGCCAUCUACUACAGAUUUGAAGAUAAACGUAGUAGGUACUGUAGCGCAAAAGCUUCAGUUCUCGUUUUCUCUUUACCGACAACAAUGGGCAGUUAAGCAGCUAUGAACGUGCAUCUAUCUCCCACACAUUUAGCUGUGGGCGAACCACCUCCAGCAGCUGUAAAGAGUGACCAAACUAAUAACAUACAACAUAAUUGUUGAAUCAAAAAUUGCUACAACACCUCCAGCAGCUGCUCAAUUGUCCCAACAAAAGGCAGCUGCUACUUUGAAUCAAAAAUUGUUGAAACCAAUUGAAAUUAUUCAUGGCGUCCCAACAAUCAAGUUUUCAAUGGAGGAAAGGAUGGAAUUCGCAAAAGAAGAAGGUUUACACCAACUAAUAGCAUUAAGAAAUGUACUGCCGAAACUGUUCGGAAUCAAAGAACCAUCUUUGAUUGGUCAACUCGCACCUCGACAAUUGCUUAUCAUGGUGGAUCAACAUGAAGACUUCGUUAAUUCACUUGUGAGGUCAGUUAACUACUUCAAAUACAAUGGUAAGGAGCAUCAAAUCCGAAUAUUUCCAUGGUCCCUUGAUUUUAAGGUAAAUGAAGAAACGACGAAAGCAGUGGUCUGGAUUUCAUUGCCUAAUCUGCCAACGGAACUUUUUGCAAUGAAGGCUUUAUUGUCAAUAGCUUCAGUUGUUGGAAAGCCUAUAGCCAUAGACAAAGCUACCCAGACUAAGUCGCGUCCUAGUGCUGCAAGAGUUAAAGUGAUUCUUGAUUUAAUGGACAAAUUACAUGAUAAGUUGUUUUUGCAAUUUGUGGAUAAACAAACGGGCAAGAUUGUUGAAUUCUUUCAAGAUUUUGUUUAUGAUAACUUACCAUUGUAUUGUAACUGUUGCAAACAUCAAGGACAUGAUGAAAAAACAUGUCACAGAUUAAAUAAAAAUACAACAAGGAACGUGCAAUGUCAUGAAGAAACUGUUGAUAUUGAUCGUAUAAUGCCUGCUGAAGUUUUGGCUUUGGCUGAGGAGAUGAGUAAGGUGGAAAAAUUACAAGGGGAUGCCAGGGAUUAUUUAAUUGCUAAGUCGCAGCAAAAAACUAAUGCAUCACUUCAUGCCGAUAUUCCAGUUGAUCGAUCUCUAGCUAGAGUUUCCAAUGCAGUGAAUUUGGUUAGGGAAACAAUGCUGAUGAAGGAGACUGGUCAGGUUGUUAGUGCUGGGCAGUUGGAGGUAGUUGCUGCACAAAAAUCUGAUGCUCAGGGUGUGCAAAAUGCAAAAGCUGGAGAUUGGUCUGUGGUGCAUCGAUCACAUCCAUCUCCAAACAAAGCUACAGCUGAUCUUGUUUAGAAUAAUGCAGCAGUAGCAGGGGU